UAUGUAGGAUUAUAUAAUUCGUUUACACUUAGUAUGCCUUUUAAAUAUUGGCCAGAUUUCGAAACAUGUUGCGUAUGCAUUAAAAGUUUAAGGACAGCUACAGCCAUUAUCGCUACCCUUGCCCUUGUUUCCAAUCCACUAUUAUCAUGGUUAAUGAUCCGGCAUUCAUAUGCGGUGCGCGUGGCGUGCCUCCUCUCCGGGGCCAGCCGGAUGGAUGUCGUGGACGUCAACAUCAAUAACGUGAUUAGCUUCGGAUUUGGCAUGAACGCUGAUUUAGGGAUUUCUUGUCUGGCGCAAAGUCAGGAUGAAGGAGGAGUUUCUAACCAAGUUAUUAAGGCACUGGGAUGGAUCAUGCUGAUUUCUGACGUUGUUUUUUUGAUCACAAGUAUGUUACUACUGAUGAGGAUUUAUCGGUUUCAGAAUCCUACGCGUCGAGUGACUAUAGCUUUUAUCAUCAGUGGAUUGAUAGCCUUGGUUCUCUCAAGUAUCUAUGGAAUAAUGUAUGUCACAAUCUGCGCCUUUCGGGGAAAAGGCAUCGCCCUUUGUCAGCUAGCUUUAACAUUUGUCGACCUAGGAUCAAAAAAAUACAAACCCAAGCAUGAUCUGUACUUCGUGAAAUCGACGUGGGGUGCUUCCAAGACAGCAGCUGAACGGCGAGCUGCCGGCGCGGAGGCGAGCGACGUAGUGCGGCGAGCGCGGCGCGACUGGGCGGGCGGCCCGCGGCCCGGGACGACUGCUUGGAUAAGCGCGCGCCGCCUGCCUGCUAGGGCUGACACUGCUGUGACACUGCGCCGUGUAGGGCCAUAG